AUGAGCAGUGAAAGUGAUUCUGGAAGUCGACCUACAGCAACAACAAUUAGCACCGUAGCUGUCCAGACAGGAGACUCGAGAAUUGUUGUAGCAGUACUGAAGGCUGGGACAUGUGUUGAGCUCCAAUUGGUUGAAUCAGUACCAAAUCUGCUUGAAAUUGGCAGCAAUGCGGAAGAAACCAGGAAAAUACUGACUGAACAUGAGAUACUUCUUGCUAAACUGAAGACACAUGAAGGUGGUGUUAGGGAUUUGCUGCUUGAAGCUGACAGAACAGCAGAGGCCCAUGAAGACCAAAGUCAACUCUAUGAUGAGAUGGGAAGAACUCUGGGAGUUAAUUGGACAACUCUCAACCAAUUGCUUGAAAAUCGAAAGAGACUUUUAAAAAUGGCAUCCGAGUUCUUUGAUCAAGCUUUAGAGUUUGCUAUAAAAAUUGAUGAAGCUGAAGAAUUUCUGAACAGUGCCCAAAUAUUUGAGGAUAUGGAUUCCUUGAAGCAACUCCUUCAUCAGCAUCAAGAUCUUAAGAAAGUCCUUUUAACAAGUUCAAUGGUUCUUCUCAACAAAAGUCAAGAACUCCUUAAUGUAAUCAAAGAGUUCAAAGUCCCUGGACCGAAAGCACAUUCUGAACUAACUCAUGGGGCUCACAGCAGCUGUGUAAAGAUUGAAAGUCUAAUGGAACUACUACAGGACAGGAGGAGACAGCUGGAGGAGCAAUCAUAUCGUCAAAGGCUGGACCUGGAGCAAAUUUUACAGAUCUAUCAAUGGGACCAGCAGGUAGAUAAGGUGAUGCAAUGGUUCCAGCAUGAUGGUGAGACAUAUUUACGGAAUGAAAACUUAGGUUCAUCUCUAACUGAAAGUGAAUGGCUACUUCAGGAGCACCAUCGUGUUGGGUGUAAAGCCCAGGAAUUCAUGUCUGUAGCUGAAAAGUUAAAAGCUGAGGCUGAUGAGAUUUUGCUGAUCGAAGACUUUACUGAUAAAGAACAGAUGGCAGUUCAAAAUCAGAAACUGAAGCUGAUGUGUGAGCAGUUCUGGCUACUCAUGAAGGAACGAGAAUUAUUGCUCCAAGAGGCCCAUGAAUUUUUUAAUAGUGCAAAUAAGGGAUUUGAUAUACUGGGAGGAAUAGAAAGUCAUCUGAAACACCUUAAUUUAAAGUCUCUGUGCUUGACAGAACUCUCUAAAGAACAUGCUUCUGUGUGCCAGGCAAUCAAAGAUGCAACUUCAGAUGCUCUACUGAAGGGACACCUGCUCCUGAGUAAAAUUGAUCCACAAAGAGCCACAGGAAUUCAGGAGAUGAUUGGUUACGUUCAACAGAGAGUAGAUCAUUUAACUGGACAAUGCUUUGCGCAUAAGGAGCUAGCUUUAAAGAAACAGCAAUUGAUCACAUCCUUUGACGAACAUUUUGAAAAGGUCUCAGGAUGUCUCCAAGCAUACAGAUCACGCCUUUCCAGUACAUUAGAGCCAGGUUCCUCUCUUUCCGAAACUGAAGACAUUCUGAACAAAUAUUUAGAAAUGGCUGAUCAGUUCAAGGAGGUAGAGAAUGAAUUAGCACACAUUACAGACAUCAUCAAACAGGCUGAAGUGUUUGACGUCCCAGAAGUAAAAUCAUUUUCUGAGAGGUUUGUUGUCCUGAACACUGAAUGGAAAACAUUGUGUCGGAACCUGAAUACACGGGUUGAACACUUGCAAUCUUACACGACCUUUCUGAAACAAGCUGAAGAGGUCGAAGCAUUUAUGCAAAGUUUAGAAGAUUGUUUCCAGUCUCAAUCAAUGAAGGAUAAUGAAGAAAAUGUCAGGUCAUUGUUGGAGCUUGCUGAUUCCAAAUGGCAGUCGGUCCUAAUGAGUUUUCUUUCCCUCCAAGAUCUGGCGUUCAACUUUAAGAGUGCAGUAAAUAUGCAGUUGAAUGCUGAAGUGGAAUACAGAAUAGCAAUAGCUGAGCUUUUGGCACUGAAAGGUGUUUCCCUAAAAGAAAGAAAUGAAAAAGUCAUGGAGUUACAAAAUCUUCAUCAACAAGUUAAGAAUAAAAUAAAAGAAUAUGAAAUAAUUUUUCUUAAGACAGUUAAAUUUCAUAAGACCACUGAAGAGCUUGAGGUUAUGAAGAAGACUGGAGAACUAGAAUAUCCAGAACUGUUAACAAUGUCAGACAGUAGCAGAGAAGCAAAGAUGCAACUUAGUCACCAUCAAGAAAAGCAGUCACAUGUGAGCCAUUUGUACAAAUUGUCCCUCACACUGGCAAUGGAUAUCAUCUCCAUUACUCAGCAAUCUAAAUUCAUUGAGGCUUCAGUGGAUUCUCUACAGCAAAAACUGAAAGCUUUAGAGAGUGAGAGCGUACAAUGGAGUGCAAAGGCAGAUCAAUAUGGAGAAAAACUGGAAACAAACUUGCAUUAUUGUACCAUGAAAGAAGAAAUAAAUGAGUUAAAGGAAUCCUAUAAAGAACUCAAGAAGAAGUUUAAUAACUUGAAAUUUAAUUAUCUGAAGAAAAAUGAAAAAUUCCGCAAUCUGAAAGCUGUCCGAAAUCAAAUCCAGCAAGUUGAAAUAUAUACUGAAAAAUUUGAGAUAUUCAAAAAGAAAAUGAUUCAGUAUGUGACAAAAGGCACUACUGUGCUGGAAAAGCACGUCCCGAGAGCGGAAGUUAAUGUACUUGAAGAAACGAUGAAUGAAGUUCAGAAACAAGUGAAUGACCUUGACAAGACAGUGGAGGAAUACAAACAAACCUUGGACAUGACGAUGCAAUUACAACAGGCAAUGGAAGAGAGUCAGUUUUGGUGUGAGGAUGCAAGUGGUACAGUUGUUCGAGUUGGGAAGUAUUCAGCUGAGUGCAAGACAAAGGAAUCAAUGGGAAUUCUUUACAAGCAGUUUGAAAAGUUUAUGUGGCCUACCGUGCCACAACAAGAAGAGAGAAUUCAGCAAAUCACAGAACUGGCAAUGCGACUAUACGGUCCUGAAGAAGCAAAUAAAUUUGUGAAGAAAAUGGUAACAAAGCACAAUGAGAUUCUUGAAUCAAUAAAGGAACUUUGCAAUGGGUUAAGAGAGCUUGAAUUAAAACUUCCUGAUGUGACUGAAGCUUCAGAAAAUGCAGCAGAAAAUUCAAGUAAAUCAAAUGAAGCAGGAAAUGCUCAGCAGGAAAGGCAGAUGGAAACCAAUGAUUGUCAACUAUCACCUGUAGAUGCAAGCUUGCAAAUAAUGCAUCAAACACUGGACAACCAAAAGCAAGGAAACAUGACUCUGGCAUCAUUGAAAUCUAUUGUGGACUCACCCGAAGAGGCAAAAGAAACUAAAGAGCUAAAGCAAAUGUCUAUGAGUGUCUCAAGUCAUAAUCAAGUUGUUGGACUACCCACAGAAGACAUCCAAGCAAGAAAAGAUAAUGUGAAGAGCUGCAGUGAGAAAGAGAUAUAUAUUCAGUGUUAUACCACCACCUUGUCACAGCCAUUUAGAACAAAGCCGUUACAAUCAAAUUCAAUAUUUCCAUCGACAUAUUCCACUGAUUCUGAGAGAAGAGUUUUUGCCCUUCACCUCAUACAAAAUGCAUCAAAAGAUGCAAGACUUCUCCCAACUGCUCCUGGGAACAAUUCAGAAAUAUUAAUGCCAAUUUCUGCUAAAGAUGAACAAAUGGGCGAAGCAGAAAACAGGGGAGCAUCAGAUGGUCAAAUAGAACUGCAAAAUCAUCCGUUGUCAUGCAAUCACGAGCAUUUAAAUACCAACGUGGGUGGAUUACUGAAAAAUCAAAUCUCUGAUUCAGUUCCAGAAGAUCCAUAUUCACAGGAAGCUACAGAACUGUUCCAUCCUUCCACUGAAGGCAGCACAGUGACAGAUGGAGAUUUGCAAAAUGAUCUUUUAGUAGAUGAAAACCAGUCUGUAGAAGAAUAUGAGUGCAUGUCUCCUGAUGACAUUUCCUUGCCUCCACUUCCAGAGACGCCUGAAUCGAACAUGCUCCAUUCUGAAACAGAAGUGGAUAAAAUGUCCAGAUUAAGUUCCCACAGCCUAUAUGCUGGGUCUUUUAGUGGCCAGCCACAAAUGCAAGCAAGCUAUAGUCAAAUGACUGACAAAUCUGAUACACUAGCACCUGUUGGCACUGCUGAUGCAGUAAAUCACUCAAGAUCACAAGUUUAUAGUGGAUUAGAAGGCAACUUUUCAUCUCAGCCCAAUCACAGCACUGAGCCCCGCACAAAAUACAGAUCCGAGUCUUCCUCUGUUAUCCACAGCCCACUGACAAUUCCUGCACCCAGUAUUGUUUCGAGCACCCUUUCACAUAUCUUAAAAUCCCAAACGGUAACUAAUUCCUCAGCCUGUGAUUCCUCCUGUGAAGUGCAUGAGACUCAGCUGCAGACUUAUAAUAUGCAUGAAAGUGUGACUGAGGCACAGGAGUUGCUGCAUGGUCAUAAUAGGAGCUGUCUUAGAAAAGAAUUGAGUCCUAGCAGAAAUAAUUCACAUGCUUCACCUGAGCCACUAACAGUACCUCUCAGUAUAGAUCAGUCAGUGCAUGAUACGGGUCAUCCAAUGGAUACUGUCAUCCAUGAGGAAAUCAGACAUGCAUCAAGAAGCAGAGCCAUGUGCAACCUGGCUAGCAACACACCCAACUUCUCCAAGCUCUUGUCUAAUGUCAAUGUGGUAGAAGGUUCUGCUGUGACCUUGGAAAUAGAAGUGACAGGAUUCCCAGAACCAACAUUGAUGUGGUACAAGAAUGGACAGAAGCUGACAACAGAUCAGCAUUUAAAAAUUUCACAAAAGGAAGGCAAACACAUUCUUUUCAUUGAGAAGGUGUCUGAUAAAGAUGCUGGCAUUUAUGUUGUACGAGCUAAUAAUUCUAAUGGUACUAUCAGUUCCAGUGCUAUCCUUCAAGUACAAGGUAACUGCAGUCUCAGAUGUUUUCACACUGGUGAUAUAGAUUGGUUCACUUGUCUUGGUUUGUUGUGUAUAUUAUACAUUAGCUUGUUUCUUAUGUAUAUCCUAUUAAUCUAA